AUGAGUGAUAUUUGCUAAUUGGGAUUGCUAGUUUACAUCAAUCUAGGUACGCAUUUUCAAAUUAAGAUAGCCAACUCAUUUCUUUAACUCUUCCUUCAAAGUAUUCUUUAUUCAAGUGGAAUAAUCAUCUCGCUUUUAUGCUACUUUUUGAAAAAGGAUACUUGGAAUAAAAAGUUGGAAAUCAUAGGCAUAAUCUUGAAGAUCAUCUCGUUGUGGUUUGCGUAAUAAGAAAGUUAGGAAUUCAUGCUUUGCUCAUUAAUUUAAAGCUAAAUGUUUUUUAAAUCUAUUGACAUAAUAAAACAGCCACAAUAUCCAAUUAUGAUUGUGUUUUAAAUGGCUUUCAAUAUUUUUCAGAUCAGAGGAGUCAUCAAUAACAUUACGAUAACAUCCCUAAAUUUAGUCUAGGUUAUUAUAUUUAUUGUAUGGUUAUACAGAGUGUAAAAACACAAUAUAAUAAUAGAUUAGAGAGUUAAAUUGUAAGAAGCCAAUGUUAUUAUAGAAAUUGAUGAAGGCAGGGAUUCUUUAAAAUAACAUUAGAAAUUCAUUCAAACUUCCUCAACAAAAAGAGUGAUUCUGCCUCAGAAUUCCUUAAUAUUCAAUUAAGAAUUGGAACUGAUAGACUGCUAAAUGGAGUUCGAGAAAUUGAUGAAUCAUCAAAGCUAUUGUGAUUAGGCGAUUCAAAUAAUGUUAAGUUUAAGGUUAAAUUAUAUUUUCGAGAAUUAAAUCAAGUCUUGCGAAUUAAAAUAAUUAAUGGAGCAAUUAUCGCUAGAUCAAAGGAUUUUGGGAGUCAUCGAUAAAAACGAUUACAUAAAAUACGAAGAUCAUUUAGUGCUUCUGAGUUGUUUAUUAUAUGAGGACAUCAAAUGUUAUUAGAUUCAAAUAGAGCAGGUGCCAUUCAAAUUGAAGAAGAUAGAAAUGGAGGAAUCUAUGGAAGUGGAUAUGUGUAGAUCCUUGUCUCACGAACUGGGAACCAAUUUAAACAGCAUAAUUACAUUUACAGCUAUGGCUUUGGAAGACGAUAAAGUGGAUAAGUACACUAAAUUGAAGUUUUUGGAUCCUAUAUGGAUUAAUUGUGAGUAAUUAAGUCUAAUAGUUGGGUCAAUACGAGAUUAUAAUUUAAUUAAUUUGUAGCAAUUUUCAUUAAAAUUAGAAGAAUUGGAUGUAGAACAAGAAAUUAAAUUUAUGGUAUCUUUAUUUUCAGAAAGCAUUGAAAGUAAAUAAAUAAAAGUAGAUUAUAAAUUUGAUUUGCAAUGUUUUACUUUAGUGGGAGACAAAACAAGAUUCCGAUAAGUUCUAUUUCAAUUACUUUAAAAUGCCAUAAAAUAUACAUUUCAAUCAUCCAUUACGAUCGUAGUCGUCAAUGACAAUUUGGAGUGCAAGGUAUUGAUUGAAGAUGAUGGUGUUGGGAUGAGUGAAGAUGAGGCAAAUAAUUUAAAUUCGUUAUUGAAAUCCAACAAGUUCAUUCGAGUCUCAGAACAAUCUGUGGGUAUUGGAUUGGGUUUAGGAAUAUCGAAUCAAUUGGUCAAGAAAAUGGGGAAUCAAGACAAUCAAAUAGAACUAAAGAGGAUGGCCAAAGGAUGUUAAUUCAGUUUUGCCAUAAAAAACCAUUUUUAUGAAUUAACCAAAGAGUUCACGAGGAAGAAAUCAUCUCGAUUGACUAAUAGAAGCAAUUAAACAAUUAGAUUUAUUUCUGCCAAUUCUUAUUUCGAGAAUUAGAUCAAGGAAUAAUCUAUUUGUUUGAAAGGAAGUAUCAAUCAAAAUAAUACAAAAAUGUAUGUGAUUCCAUCAACAAAAUAAAUUAGUUUGAGUCACGAGAUUAAAAGUUAAAAAGAAGAAGAUAGCGUUUUAUCAAUUCAUCCCCCAAUUUUAAGUCCCAAAUUUUAAUAAUCUAUAAUCCAAUGCAGUUUAAAAAGCGAUUGUUGUUCAAGAGUAUUAAUUGUUGAUGAUGAAUAUUUCAACAUUUAAUGUUUAAAAUUGUUAAUGACUAAAUAUUAAUCAAAAUGUGAUUCUGCUUAUAAUGGAAGCGAAGCAAUAAACUAAGUGUUGAAUAAGAAAAACAACGCCUGCAAAAUUUGUGGAAAUAAAUACUAUAGUUUGAUAUUUUUAGAUAUCAAUAUGCCAAUUAUGGAUGGAUUUAAUACUGUGAAAGAAUUAAAGAGAAUGAUGGGCUAAUAGAUCAUUAAUAAGGCAUUUUGCAUAGCGAACACUGGGUUUUGUGAUUUGGAGACUAAAUUGAAGAGUUAUGAGUCAGGGAUGGACUACUAUUUAACUAAACCUUUAGAUUAGAAUGAAUUGAAUUCGAUUUUGAAUGAUAUAUUUCCUAUGAUUGACUACUGA